ACACUUUCUCUUCUGCCACACGAGCUCUUUCUCUUUCUUUCUCUCUUUCUUUUAAAUUUCUGAUUUCUCCCGUACCAGUCUUCAUUCACUCAACGCGUUUCGUCGAACCGCUUAUUAUGGACUUCAUUUGGAUCUUCUAUUCAUAUCAUAAAAAAUUGCAGGGAUGGUUGCUUCUUCUCCUCCUUCUCGUAGCUCCUCCGUUUACGGCGGCUCAGACCAGUCCCGACCCGCAAGCCGACCCGUAUGGGAACUUGCAGUUCAGUCCCUCCAUGGCGAUAAUUAUAGUGGUCCUGGUAUCUGCACUUUUCUUCAUGGGGUUUUUCUCCGUAUAUAUUCGUCACUGCUCGAAUGAUGCCAAUGGUGCGAGCUUGAGUCCGCUUACUGGAGGCCAGCGAUCCCGACGUGGUGCAGCGCGUGGGCUUGACGUUUCCGUGAUCGAGACUUUUCCGACCUUCGUUUACUCAGAAGUCAAGGCCUUGAAGAUUGGGAAAGGCGCGCUUGAGUGUGCUGUGUGCCUGAGUGAGUUUGAAGACGACCAAACGCUGCGUUUAAUUCCCAAAUGUGAUCACGUAUUUCACCCUGAGUGUAUCGACGCGUGGCUCGGUUCUCACACCACGUGUCCGGUUUGUCGCGCCAAUUUAGUCCCGCAACCCGGCGAGCCAAUCCCUCAAGUUAGUGAGUUUCAGUCACACGACGAACCGGACCUCGAGGCCCAAAACGAAGUCGUAGCUUCGGGACAGGGAGAUUCGAACGGAAGCGGAGAAACACCACUUACACAAGUGCGGGAACCUGAAGUUAUCAGCAUAAACCAGAGGUUGAACAGGUACCGUUCACGUCGCUCGAGAUCUAACAGACCACGUAAGUUUCCUCGGUCACAUUCUACUGGGCAUUCUCUGGUGCAACCGGGUGAAGACACCGAGCGGUUUACUUUGAGACUACCGGUUGAUGUGAGGAAACAAAUAAUGAACCGGGAGCUGAACCGGGCUAACAGCUUGGUGAGUUUGCCUCGAGAGAGUAGUUCAAGGAGAGGGUAUCGAAGUGGAGGGGGUGAAGGGAGUAGUAGAGGGAGGAACAUCCGGUGGAUUGACCGGAUGGACAGGUCAUUUAAGUCGGACCGGUGGUUGUUUGGUAUGGCGGCACCUUUUUUCUCUAGAGCAUCUUCGGUCAAGUCAACAAAAGUUGACAAUAACGCAAGUAUUGGUAGACCGGAGCCUUCAGGGGCUCAACCGAGUCGGCCACCGGUUUAAUGGUAUUUUUCUAAUUAUGUAGAUUCUGUGAGUUGUCCAUUUAAUAUAUAUUUUUUAAUUUGUAAUUUGUUUUGUAGGAUUAGUGUGUAUGUAAAGUGUAAUGAAGAGAGAGCCAUUGAAUUUGAGAAAAUAUCGGGGCUGACAUUUAUAAUUUAAAAGCAUCCACAGUGAAUGGAUUAUUCAUAAAUUUACCCCAUUAAGGGGGGAUUUCUAAUCUUUAAUAACAAGAAAUGGAAGAAAUUAAAAAUUUUAA